CCCUCCCCUCCCUACACCAUAAGAAAGCAUCACCCAGCAAAUAGUUAUGUAUAUGUAGAGUAUAUCUUUCAUGUUUCCACAUCUUAGUUCAUUCUCUGGAGGUAAACAUUCACAAAUUAUUCUUCAAAUAUUAAAUCUGUAGCGUAUAUAAUGGCCUUUUAGUUUUACUCAUUUCACUCUUCAUUAUCACAUGCAAUAAUUUUCAAGUUAAAAAAUUAAUCUGCUCAUUGUUUCUUAAGUACAGUAGUAUUCCAUUACAAUCAAACACCACAAUUUGUUUGAUGGAUGUCCCCUCAAUUUCUAGUUCUUCUCCCCCACAAAGAAAACUACUAUAAAUAUUUUAGAACAUAAAAGUACUUUUUCUUUUUCCCUGAACUCCCUGGGAAAUAGCCUCAGCAAUAGUAUCCACUAGGACUAAAGGUAUACAAAGUUGUAUAAGUCUCUGGGAAUAAUUUCAAAUUGCUUUGCAAAAUAGUUGGAAUAGUUCACAGUUCUGGCAACACUGUAUUAGGGUCCCUACUUUUCCACAUCCCCUCCAACAUUUCUCAUUUUGUCCUUUUGUUAUUUUAGCCAAUCUUGAUGGUUGCAAGAUGAUGCCUCAGAAUUGUUUUAGUUUGCAUUUGUCUAAUCAGUAGUGAUUUAGAACAUUUUUUUUUCAUAUACCUAUCUAUGGCUUUGAGCCUGAACUCUUUCAAGUGAUUUAUUCCUGAAUAAUUUUUCAAUUACAUCCAACUCUUUGUGACCACAGUUGAGGUUUUUCUGGGUACAGAUACUGGAAUGGUUUGCCAUUUCCUUUUCCAGCUCAUUUUACAGAUGAAGAACUAGGAUUAAGGGACUAGCCGAGGUCAUACAAUUAAUGUUUGAUGUUGAAUUUGAAUUCAGGCCAUCCCAUUGCACCACCUAGCUGCCCCUUUCAAGUGAUUAUGUAUUGUAACAAAUUACAUUUUUUGGUGGUUGCAUAUAUUAAACUUCAAAAUAUUUAUUAAUUGGCCACUCAAGAUUUCUAACUAGCCAGUGGACUCCCCCUAUAGUCUGAACAGAUGUCAAAGGCCUUGAGGCAGGAAAGCUAAGCAAAAGAGAGCAAGAACUUCCUGGACACACCUUGUGACACCAUCUAGUCCCUCUAUAAGACAUCCCUGAUUAGAAAACAGUUCUCAGAUAUAGACAAAAGAAGGAAGGACCCAAUCCAGUUUCAUAGCUUGGAGGAGAGACUGUUUGGAGCUUUAAAAUCAAAAUUGUUUUUUGGGGGGAGGGCUAAAGAGAAAAUUUGACCAAAGAAAUUCCAAUUCAACCUUAAUUUUUCACAGUAUCUCAUUUAAGAGGUUCUACAUUGUUUAGGGAAUUGAUAUAAUCAGAAUGUUAUGAACAUCUGAACAGGAACAUCUGGAGGAACUAUGUAUCCUUCUUCCAUUUGGACCCUGGGAUGAACCUACUUUAAGAAGGCAAGAAUAUCUCCUUGUUUCAUGGGGUUUUUUUUCAUAUUAAUAAUUAAGGAGUCUUUGAACAAUCACCUGUUUUUACAUCUUUAGAAGAACCUUGUACAAUUUUGAAAUGAGCUUGGAAAAUGCUUUCUUGGAGGAGAGCCUUUAAGGCAGCAUUUUACUUUAUUGAAUCAAGGUCAGUUAAAAAAAGGACAGUAGGGCCUUGUAUUUUCUAUGUCUUUAAGUAAAUUGUAUGACAAUAGAGAUAUGGUCAAUACAUUGACACCUUUAAAAUUGAGUUGCUUUCACCAUAGGACUCCUCUGCAUUUUUUCUAAUCUAGUUGUUCUUCCCAACUGUUUUCUUCAGUGUCAUUUUUUCAUCAUUUUAUUGUCCUACUUUGAGUUUCAUUCUCAAAUAGUCUCAAUUUUGCUCAGUUGGGUUUCUCACUAACCUUUUAAAUUUUUUUGACUGUUUUUUAUAUUUUUUGACACUCUACUGCUCAUAAUCUUUUGCCACCCAUUCUAUAAGAUGAUACCAAUGUUGACCUUGGGUGCAAUAUCAGUCUGCUUUGAAGAGAUCAAUUUUGUGCUGGCUUAGGCUCCUUUGUCUCUUCAUUAUCCCAUUUUAGCAAUUGAUUUACAUUUUUUAAAAUGCUUACUAAUAAUAGUCAAUGUCUCUGUUAUCUUUCCUAUUUGGGGCAUGUUUUGAAAAUAUCAGAUCAGAGUCUUUCUUUGAAUUUGGCAUUGAUUUUGUUCUUUCCUCUAGCUAGCUGAUGGUUUGACUUACUGAGAAAUGACUCCACAUUAACCAGUCAUGUCCUACAUGUCCAAAUAUAAUCAAUUUCACAUUUUUAUGUUGUCAUUUGCGGCUUGUUUAGUAUAUCUUCUGAAUCUCUUCUUGACGAAUCUAUUCAUGACAGAAAGGAAUAGUUUUUCUGUGUAAAUUACAAAUUUCUGAAUGAUUUUGUUCCUCUUGUUUUUGCCAUCCUCUCUUAUGACUACUUUUACAAUGAACUCAUCAUCAAGUAUAUUUUGCUUCAUUCAGAGAGUUUUAUCAAAUUGUCUAUAAAAUUUCUCUAUCUCACCAUCUUCUGGAACACAUGUGCUAUGAUUAUUUUCAUAGAAACAUUUUUGCAAAUACUUCUCAUGAGCACUGCAAUAUAUGAUGACUAAAUGUUCCAUGAAAUGUUUCUUUUUGCCUAUGGAAAUGUAAUGAAACCAAUUCCAUCUAUUCUUUUAUUUUUGUCUCCAACUUGUGAACCAUCCUUCCAUUUUAGCUACACUUUUCAUUUGUCUUCUGAUUUCCUCUGUAAUGAGGUCAAGAGAGAUACACUGUAGUUCCUGAAAUAGUAUAUCCACUCAUUAACUGAGGCAUCAAGAUCUCAGAUUUAGAAUACCAGCCACAAAGUUAAAGUAUGUGUAUGUGUGAGUUCUAAAAAUCUUGUUAUUCUUAGAAUCUUUUGCAUCCUUAAUCCCUUUCUGCUAUGAUACUAGCUAGCAUUGGUACUGAAGCCCUGCAUAAGAUCAAAGGCCAUUUUGUAUUUUUUAAAAAAUUUCAUGGGUUACUACAGCCAAAGAAUUCAUCACUAAAUAGUAAGCUAGGCUGGUUCUCUGAAAGCAGAGAAAGUAAAUAUAGUUUGUUGCUUGAACCAUAUUCAAAACUCUUCCAGCAUGGUAGAACAUGCUAGAGCUUAUAGUCUUUUGGCAAAAUCUUUGAGAACUAUGGUUCAACACCAUAUCAUACAUAAUGAGGCAUCUGAAUAGCACUUUGUGGAGAAGGUUGCUGAAUUAAAUUAAUAACAUAAAAACAAAUAAACACAGCACCAUCCACACCUGAAUCUUAUUCUCUGUCCUUGUACUUGGAAAACAUUAAAUGCUUUUAGUUAAACAAUAAAGACCUGCAGCACAUCUUUUGAGAAAUCUUUAAUAUCCUUUGCACUAGUCACAUCCUCAAAAUGACCAUGUCAAAGAAUCACAAUUAUUAGAACAUGAGCUCCUUCAGGGUUGGGACUGUUUUUUUCUGUUUGCUUGUUUGUUUUCUUAGCACUGUCAGGAACAAAAGAAGCCCUAAUAAAUGCUUGAAUGACUAACAAAAGUAAAAUCUUAUUAAUAACCAGAUUAUAUCAUGAUUUGCUUUAUUACUUAGAGAAUGUUCUAAGUACAUGAAACAUAGAAAAUUGAAAGUUUUUUCAAACUUAGUAGUGUGACUUUGGGAAAGUCAUUUCCCUAUUUUUGAGUUUUAAUUUCCUCACCUGUAAAAUGAGGACUAAAUAUUCUCUAGAUAAUUAUGAUGGUGAUAUCCUGAGAUUUAUUUGGGGUUCUUAUAUUAACACAGUUGCUUGCUAUCAACUGCUUUGAAUAUCUAUACUAGUACUUAUAUAGGUCUUCAGGUACCUUCAAGCAUAAUUUCAAUGUGUUAUUCUAUAAUAACUAUAAAAACCUAUGAAAUAUGGUAUUAUUCUGUCCAUUUUGGUACUAAGAGCUCUUAAAGGAUAAAUGGCUAAUUUCUUGAUUGUGGCACCUGCAGUCAGGCCCAUUUCUUGCAUUUAUUAGGUGUAACCAUGGACAGGGCAGGGCACUGAGGUGGUCCAGUAGAUAGAGGGGUAGGGGCAGGAAGAUCUGAGUUCAAAUUCAACCUCAGACACUGGUAUGACCCUGGACACUGGUAUGACCCUUUCUUGCCUCAGUUUCCUCAUCAGGAAAAUAUUCUGGGAAAGGAAAUGGUAAUCCACUUCAUUAUAUUUGUUAAGAAAGCCCCAACUGGGGUCAUAAAGAACAACAUAAUGAAUAACAAUAACAACAAAAUGGGCAAAUCAUUUUAAUCUUUCUGAAACUUAGUUUUCUCUCCUCUACAAUGCAAUUAAUAGCAGCACUUUAUGGAGCUGUUGUGGGGCUCAAAUGAAAUAAUAUAUACAAAGCGCUAUGUAGGUUAUUAUCAUAGUCUCUACAAAUGCAUAAUUAGAUUACCUAGUAAAAAUACUUAAAAAUUAAAGGUUAGACAUAAUCAUUUAUCAUGUAUAAAAUAUGAACUUUUUUUUCAAAACAAUUCCCUUUCCAGGCUAUUGCUUUAUUUUUUUUAUUAGUAUGUUUUUUGUCUAUUAUUAAAAGAUGCCAAUCAUAAUGUAGUACGAUGAUCUCCCAAUCCAUAUUAGCUAGGCUAUUUAUUGAACAAACUAUCAGCAGGAAUGCUGCUUCUAGUUUUUUAUAAACAUGACUUUUAAGAAAGCUCCAAUACAAGUAUCUAUUAAACAAAAUGUUGAUAAUAACACAAAAAACAAAACAAAAAACCCAAAACACUUUCAGUCCAAACCCCUCCACCCACAAAAAAAAUGGAAAAGGGGGGGGGGCGGAAGAAAAAGAUAGGGGCAAACCUUAUGGAUUCCAAGAGCCUGGUCCUCAGACUUCCUCUAUUUCUACCAGUAGUCGAUACCCAAGGGGAGCUGCUACCCUCCCCCUUUCUUCCUGCUGGUUUGGAUCAGACCUUUACAAUUCACCAAACUUGCUGCAGGGCAGAAAGGCCAGCGGCAAGCUCUCCCGGACUUGUACAUUUUCUUUCUUAAUUGAUUUUCUUCCGCGCCGGGCCGGCCUAGUCCCCUCCUCCUACCUCCAGCGAGGCUUAGGCCUCGAAAAGGGGAUGGGGUUGCUUUCGGAGGGGGGGGGGGGGGCUGCCCUGCCUCACCAUUACGUGGGCUCUGCAGAAUCACCCCUUCGCGGCUGCACGUGCGGUGCGCUUGGGCAGUCGAGGGUUUUUAAUUCCCUCCUUCCCUGGGUGGCAGGGGGAGGAGGCGAUCGCCUUUCGGCGAACUGGCCGCAGCCUGAGAGGAGGAGGUGAUUUAAUAUGCUGAUAUUCACCUAGCUGAAGAUUAACUCCGGACACGAAUGCCCGGGCUGUCACAUGCGGCCGUCCAUUUACAUUCAGGGACCAGCCGCAGCAGCAGCAGCAGUGGAGGCAGCGGCAGCGGCAGCGGCAGCAGCAGCAGCAGCUCUCAAUAGGAUGGUCCAAAGCUUUUCCUGAUUGGUCUGAAAGCCCACGGGAAAGCCCUGCGUUUGCCGCAACGAUAGUAGAAGAAGGAGCAUUUGGGUGGAAACAGAUGGAAAUGAGAGAAUCCACGGGGUAAACAAGCCGGAGAUUUAUCAUGAGAGUGCCCGAAGAGCUGCUCUUUUCUAAUUUGCUACUCUGCCUUUGGAUUUAAGAUCAUGUCCAUUCACAUUGUUGCAUUAGGAAAUGAAGGAGAUGGAUUUCCCGAGGACAAUCGCCAGUCAGGUCUGAUCUGGACUUAUCUAGGGAGAAGUGCUCUCGUUUCAGAGACAGAAAGCAGCUUGUUGCUGAACUCUGAUGCCAGCUCGAUUGCAUAUCCUGUAUUUACUGAAUAUCAAGCCUGUGUGUUUGGAAAUGUCAGGCUGGUGGUACAUGAUUGUCCCGUCUGGGGUAUUUUCGACAGUGAUUGGUAUACCUCUCGAAAUCUUAUUGUUGGGGCUGACAUCAUUGUAAUCAAAUACUCUGUAAAUGACAAGUCUUCAUUUCAAGAAGUAAAGGAUAGUUAUAUUCCAGUGAUAAAAAGAACAUUGAGCCAUUGUUCAGUCCCAGUAAUAAUUUCUGCUAUCGGUAUCAGACAAAAUGAAGAAUUACCUUGCACUUGCCCACUGUGUACCUCAGAUAGAGGAAAUUGUGUCUCAGCUUCUGAAGGAAUCCAACUUGCUAAAGAACUAGGAGCUACCUACCUUGAACUACAUAGCCUCAAUGACUUCUAUGUUGGGAGAUAUUUUGGAGGUGUGUUGGAGUAUUUUAUGAUUCAAACCUUGAAUCAAAAGUCAUCUGAAAAAAUGAAGAAAAGGAAAAAAGUCAGCAAGUGUCACGGAAUUAGGCCACCUCAGCUUGAACAACCAGAAAAAAUGCCUGUCUUAAAGGGUGAAGCAUCACACUAUAACUCCGACCUGCAUAACCUAUUGUUCUGCUGCCAGUGUGUGGAUGUGGUAUUUUAUACUGAAGAUUUAAAGGAAGUUGUAGAAGCCCACAAAAUAGUUCUUUGUUCUGUAAGCAAUGUCUUCAUGCUGCUAUUUAAUGUGAAGAGUCCCGCAGAUAUUCAGGACUCCACUGUGAUACGCACUGCCCAGGAUCUCUUUGCUGUAAACAAUGAGAUAACGUUUCCAGUUACUAGCCAAGGCCCUCCAUGCAACCCACCAGUAAGAGUCAUUGUUAAAGACUCUCUCUUCUGUUCUUGCUUGUCAGACAUUCUGCACUUCAUUUAUUCAGGUGCUUUUCAAUGGGAAGAGUUAGAAGAAGAUGUAAAGAAGAAGUUGAAAAAUCCCAGUGAUGUUUUAGGUGUAAUUGAGAAGGUUAAAUGUAUAUUGAAAACACCAGGGAAGAUGAAUUGCCUAAAGAAUUGCAGAUCCUAUCAGGCCAAAAGACCCCUCUGGCUUUAUAAUACUUCUCUCAGGUUUUUCUUUAAUACACCCAUGCUUGCUGAUGUUAUCUUCAAAAUCCAAGGAUCUACUGUGCCAGCCCACAGAGCUGUCCUGGUGGCUCGUUGUGAGGUGAUGGCUGCUAUGUUUAAUGGUAAUUACCUUGAAGCCAAUAGUGUGCUAGUUCCAGUUUAUGGUGUUUCCAAAGAGACUUUCCUUUCCUUUCUAGAGUACCUGUAUACAGAUUCCUGCUGCCCAGCCAGCAUUCUGCAAGCUAUGUCUCUCUUGAUUUGUGCUGAGAUGUACCAGGUAUCUAGACUUCAGCACAUCUGUGAGUUCUACAUCAUUACCCAACUGCAGAGUAUGCCCAGUAGGGAAUUGGCAUCGACAAGCCUCAGUGUUGUUGGCCUACUUAAAAAAGCUAAGUUUCACAACUCUGAUUGUCUUUCAACAUGGCUCCUUCAUUUUAUUGCCACUAACUACCUCAUCUUCAGCCAAAAGCCAGAUUUUCAAGAUCUUUCAGAUCCAUAUGCUUUUGAGUGCCAAAAAGCCCUUACAAGUGGGCUUUUCUCUGCUGAGCAGCUCAUCAGCCAUUAUCUCCCCUUUCCUUCUCUUACUAAGGGUUGGCUAGCUACCUCAGAUUUCAUCAGAAGCCCAGAGAAAAGCAGAAAAAUCCCAAACCAAGAUAAAAUUUCCCCACCAAGCACUGUUUUGUUUCUUCCCAAUGUGAAAGAUAUUUGGUGCAAAGUUAACUAUUAGCCAGGACCCAAGUUUUUUAGUUCCUGGUUUGUUUGGUUUUUAUCAUCUCUAUAUCAUUCUAGGAUUUCUCCAUUCCUCCUUCUUUAUAUCUGAAAAGCAUCCCCCAAGAACAUUCUUUAUAGCCAGAGUAUCAUUUGGCCUGUUUAUACGCAAGAGAACUUGGGUUUGAGCCCUAGCAGACACUUACUUCCUGUGUAGUCCUGAGUGAGCCAUUUAGUCUCCCAAAACCUUGGUUUUCCAACUAUAAAAUAGUAUGGUGAUACUGACAUUGCAUCAACUCACACACUUCUUAUUUUAAAAAAAGCUUUGUAAAACUGAAAAGUAUUGCGUAGCAGAGUUGUCAUUAUUCUUGGCCUGAUAGCAGCGUUAUAAAGGAAGACUUAGGGGAACUCUUUUAAACUAAGGCAGACUUGAAGGAACAAUUUUUAAAACAUAUUUGAAAUGAACUUUUAGACCCUUUGGUUGCAUGUAUGUGUUUUUUGUUAAAGUAUUUAAUAUCUAACACUUUUCCCCCCCUAAAACUUUUAGCGGAAGAACGCAGUUUUGUUGAGAUGCACAGAUGGCCAUCCAACAUGUAUUUGAAACAACUUGCAGAAUACAGGAAGUAUGUUCACUCCCGGAAAUGUCGUUGCAUAGUAAUGUAACCUGAAGAUUAUAUUUUUUAUUUGAUUAUGAAGACUGGAAGAUCUGUGGGCACCAGUAAAAUUUUAGUGAGGGCAGAAAUCAAUACAUCUCUGUUCAACAAACAAUAAUGCAGUACAGUGUGUGCUUGUUAGUUCUCUUUGAGAUAACUACUCUUGUGGUCUUAAAAGGGAUCAAAAUACACUAUAGGCUAGAAUACAGUUUUAUCCCAGUCUAGAAAGCUGCUGUGCAGCCAUUUCUUUUAAAAACCCUCUGGCAGUUCAGAAAUAUUAUAAACUUCUGGGUAAGAAAUGUUUAAAACAAUUUAGUUUUUGUAAAACCAGUGGCAUAGUAUUAGUAAACAUAAAUUCCAUUAUAUCUAAUGGUCAUGCUAAAAUAGGGGACAUUGAAAAAUUUUCUGUGGCUAAUUCCAUUUGGAGCUGCCUUAAGAGUUGCCCUAGAAACAUAGACUUGUGCUUGAGGUUUUGAAAGUGAAAUGCCAUUUGUAUUCAUAUUUGUGUCAAGUGAGCCAUCAUGAAGGGAUAUUUUAGGUUUUUCUUUUCAGCUACCCAACUUUUCUUCAACCCCCUCAUCUCUUUGGGCCUCUGGUGCUUCCAAGUGGAUUCCCAGUGGGACAGGGAAUGUAGCAAUGUCUCUUGCUUUCCUUGUUCCAUUCUUCAGAAGAAUCUUUCCAGUAAUAUUAAAGGAGAGGAAAGGGGAGUGCUGGAGGGAAGUUUUUAUGGUAGAGAAUGACUUGACUUUCACUAAGGUGCCACCUUCAGCCCUGUUUUGAUAGGGCAGCCCAGGCCCACCUUUUGUAGGUAAGUAUGAGAGUACAGUGACCUGUUGAAGUUUUACAACUUCAUUUUCUUGGAGCAGAUGACCACAAGUGUGAAACUGAUCAAAACAACUAUUACUAGAAAGGUAAAGGUGUUAAAGACAUUUACAGGCAAAAGGUAGUUCCUAAUGUUUUCACUAAGAAAUGCACAAUAGAUUUUUUAAAAAUUGUAAAUAAUCUUCUAAGCUUGAGCUGUGUCUGGGCCCUUAGUUACAUGUAACUCAGCUUCGGGGCUUUGAUGACUAGAACCCUUCUCAAAAACUAAGAUUGUGUGCCUAAUUUUAAAUGACUAUGUGAAGAGUAUUAGUAAGAUUCUUUAACAAAGGAGGCAGAAAGAAAAACAAAUAGUUCAAAGAAAGGGAUACAAGUCAAAGGGAAGACUUGGGACCUACAUCCACUGAAAAUAGUGGUAGGAGAGAUGGACAAAUUACUGUUUCACUUCUACCUUAAAUGUAUCAGUAGAUGUAUCGAUAAAACCCACAAGUUUGAAGGGAGUCAGAUUGUCUUUUAUUGGCCGGCCCAUUACUUUUUAAUCUCCUACAAUCUUUUUAGUUUCUUUGACUACAAAUCAAGAAGAGACCUGUGAACAAAGAAGUUUUUAGUAUAAAAUUUAGUAAAAUAGCAAAAAUCCAUCCAUCCCUUGGAUGCAUAGGAUGUGCUAUCUCCCAGCAAACAUCUAGCCAGCAAACUGAAUCUCAGUUUGAGCAGUGCCUGGAAAAAUGAUGGGGGCACAUUUUGGGGUUGUUUUUUUCAUUGAAAUCCCUUGAGCUAAUUGUCCAUAGAUCAAUUCUAUUUGCCAGUCUGGGGAUGUAGAAGAUUUUAGAUGUCUGUAGACAAGGAAGCAUUUCAUUUCUCAUAAUCGCUUCCUUCUCCCUCAUAGAAAUGGUAUCAUUUAAAUUCUAAGUCAGUGACUUUAAAAUUAAGAAAAUAAAAAUCGUGCAUGAAGGAUCACAAAAAAGUAAAAAUUUUCUUGGAAAUUGAACAGAAACAUCUAUUUAAUUGUAUUUGAUCUUGAGCAGAAAGUUGAACAUGGAAGUGAAUUAUUGGUGUUGAACAUGGGGUUUAUUGUGAAAAUACUGUACCAGCUUAUCCAGAUGUGGCACUCAUAUCAGUAAUCAACUCAGUUUUUAAUUAGUUUGCAGGCAGGCUUCAAAUCCCUUUGGGAUCAUUCCAAAUGAAGAAAAUUCUUAAAAGGUUGGGAAUAAAGCACAAGAAAAUUUAUUUGAAAAUGCCUAUAAAAUACCUUGGAGGAAAUGAGUGUUACUCAAAAUAAGUUCUAACUUGUGUGUAUAAGAAAGUUAUCUAGUUAAAUAGGAGCUUUGAGCUAAUCUCAGCUUCUCUUAGGAUAUUGGCUAUAUUUAACAAAUCAUUUUAAUUAGAGAAGAUAAUAAUGCAUAUAGUAAGACCAAGGACUUUUCUUUCUGGUCCAGACCCAUUCUAUAUAAUUCUUUGUGCAUUCUUUACUACAUUGUGUUCAUACAAUGAGGAGAUUAGACUUGAGAAACAGAAUUUUUAAUAACAGCAUCUGAAUUCAUCAGCAUAAGAUACUUGAUCUUAACCAGCACAGUGACUUUGUCUUGGGUAACUGAAGAUGUUCAGAGAAUACAGUAACUUUACCUUCCAGGUUAGAUUUAACAGUUCAGUUGUAUCUAAAAACACACACACUGCACUCAUUGUCUAUUAGACUAAAAGGUUUUUAAAGAGUUAUUUUUAUUUCAUUAAGGCAUGCAUUGACUUCAGACUUUCAAUAAUUUCACAAACAGAAGGGUAUGUUUGUCUUUUAAUAUAGACUGACUUGAAUUUAUAUGUUUUUAGUUUUAGUAUUUAACAUUUUGUAACAAAUAAACUUUUUCUAAAAAAACAAA